AUGAGCCACGCCGAGCACCUCGGUACAGCCUUUGCGAACAUCGUUUAUGCCUUUUUGAUCACCAUUGACACUGAGGAUUAUGACGCGUUUAUCUGCCGAAUGUUUGAGCGGGAGUCUCGCGAAAAGAGGACGUUGAUUGCAUUUCUUAUGAAAAAGAGGGCGGUUUAUUUUUCGCUCUUGAAUGAUGUUUUGGAGAAGGAGGAAGGCGCUGAGGGGGAAGGGAGCCGCCUCGCCGAUAGCUGGAACCAGGACAGCGAAAGACGGAGCCUCAGGUUUCCGCAGGAGAUGCCGGAUGCACCUGUGGUGGGAUCCCUAGAGCGAAAUAUGGCAAUAAAUGACGUUGUGGCGCAAUUAACUAUUGUACGGAAUGCCUUUUUGGAAAAUAUUUUAAAAAUCCCGGGAACCGUUCCAUCUGGGAGGCAUCCUGCCAUACACCGAUCACUGCAACAGAUACCAAAUGUCUCUUUGAACACGUUGGUGGAAGGUGUGACUAAGACAAUAAUGGACGUAGUUUUGUCCCUGUGCAAUAAAAUAGAGCAGAGAUACUCUUCAAGCCUUUUUUCACGGUCAAUAGUGGUGGCUGAUCGGAGCUUAAGAAGCGAUUGCACCGGUCAGGGAGACUGCACUCUCAUACAAAUGCUCAGUAGUGCGGUGGAAAUUAUUUGGGCAUAUAGUCUGUAUUUUAUUUUAGCCUCUAAGGACGUUGUCCAUAUUCGAUCAGGGGGUUUUGUACAAUGUAGUCGAUUUCUUUUGCGUGACCUUUCAAUGAAUUCUGUAGGCGAGACGACUAGUUUCCGUCCCUCUCUUUGUGACUUGCCACCGGUAUUUUUUCUUUCUUUUGACCUCGCCAUGAAGUUGGAGGAACAUUUUCACGGUGUUCUCACUUCGGGGAGCGUUUUAUCGACACCGUCAGGAAUGCACCUUUUGUUACUGAGCCGCUCAUGCUACGAGCUGCUUACCCAAUUGGAUGAAACUUUAACUGAGGAUGUUUGGAAGGGAAUGAUCAAUACAUGUGCGUCCGUUAUGAAACUCACACGUCGAUCUUCUCAAGACUGGGAGGAUGUGGAUUGGAGCAAUCUUAUUCAUGAAGCGGAUCCAUCCCACAGCACCGCGGAUCAUGGAUGUCUUGUGCAGGAUUUGAUCUUUAUUUGGAGGCGGCAACACGGGUGGUGGGGAACUUCAAUGGAUGAUAAAUCACAUGUUGCGGAUAAUUUACGGGCAAAUAGUCUUCCAAUUUUUCUUAGAGAAUAUCCAUCAUCUUUUUUUUCAUCCCGUUUUAAGGAGACGAUCGCCAUCGUUUUAGAUGUCUGCGGGCUAUCAAAGACGAGCAACGGCGGUAAAAAUGAGAGGACAAUAGGAGAUAUUUUUAAUGGAUUGUAUCGCUGCAUGAUGCAUUUAUGUUAUAUUUUCAAUCAUCGUGUGGCUACUCAUGCUUUACUGAACGAUCUUCUUGAUCUCCUUCGGAAGAUGUUGGUGCUUUCAAAGAAAGAGAGGCGAUUAAAAGAGUUGGUGACAAUUGUUCUUUCCUUAUGCCUCCUUCCUCAAUCAUUCCCUCACGGCAGUGUCUACUCUGAUACGCAGCAACAACGGUGUGUAUGCGCAGAAAAAGUGGUGGAGAGUUUGUUGGACGAAAUUGACAACUGGCGUAAAGCUAAAAAUGCCAUCUGCUACGCACUUUCAAUGGCAGCACUUCUUAGCAGAUGUUCUCUAAAGGAAUUGGAGCGGAGGCUGCCUCUGUUUUUUGACACCAUGGAGUCAUGGUUCGCGUCGGCAAAUAACAUGGAAAGAAUUGCUAUCCUUCACUCCACACUGCACGCCGGGGGAUUGCUGUGUGACGUGUGCGCUAAUAAUGAUUCUGCCUCCCCGUACAAGUGGAAUGAUUCCAUUUCGAGCUUUUUUCGUUCCGUGGAAAAGAUGUUGCUAAACGGAAUCGGUUCUAAGCCGUGGAAGAACGCACCUUUCAGUUCUUCCUGCAUUGAAAUUGCUUCGGAUCUUUUGGUUUUCACACUGCAGCAGGAACCAUUUCAGUCAUCGGCACUCCAUUGGCUAGCGAGGCUAAUGGAAACGAAAGCGAAGUCAAGAACCCUAUCGAAGAGCGGAAUCAGCGCCGUUGUUACCCGUGGUCGAUUGAUAGCCAUAAGAACCAUUUGGGCUCUUUUUGAGUUGUAUUACUGUGGGAGUCACUCCGUUGUUAGCCACGGAGGAAUUGCCGCAAAAGACAUCUUUUUGGCCUGCAGCCAUACGAGUGAGAACAGGAAUAGGCUUUGUGCCCUGUAUAACACACCCCUUGAUCAAAAGGGUUCUAUAAAAGAGACAAUAAUUGGAUUUAUUGCGCUUCACGGGACGUGCUACAGACCGGUGGUGGCCACUGUGGAGGCUCUUGCGAUAUUUUGGCGAGGGGGGCAUUUAAAAAAUGUGAUUAAUUUUGUGAGGACGAGCGAGGAGACUCGGCAGGGGAUCACUGAACUUCGCGAGGCCGCCUUUCAUUAUGCCGGGCAGAUCCAUAAGAACGGAUAUUCUGAAGAAAACAUGGAGUACGCCCACCAACUGGUUCCCAUUUUUCUCAUUGCUCGUUUUUGGGAUCCGCCGCAGGUGCUGCUGGAAUAUAACCUUGCACUUCCAAUGUUACUCGUGGGACCAAAGACGCCGUUGUAUGAUGCAGUGUCAAACAUUGUGUUUCCAUUUUACUUUCUUAAGAGGAAUGAACAAGGCAUGUGGAGUUGGGCUCUCGCCCUACACCGACUAGUAGAAUGCAUCAUUGUGUUAUUGGGAAACGAUGAGGAUGACCGUGUGGCACAUCUAGCGGAGUACGUGGUAUUGCACCUCAUGAACUUGCGGGAUAGAAUGGAGUCCCUUGUGAAUGAAGAAUUGUGCGCGGUGAAACCCGAGGAAAAUGGCGUGGCAGGUUUCCCCUUUAGUAAGAAUUCUUAUGAUAAGGAGUCUUACCAUAAGAAACUGGCCUCUUGUCGCAGCAAGUGGGCAUGGCUGUUGAAUGUAUUGGAUAUGAGUCCACUGAGUCCCAAAGAGUCGCUCUCUUCAACGGAUUCACAGAAUUGGUGUGCCGUCCCCGCUGUGCGCAACGCGGCUCUUGUAGACUUGCUGGAAGGACUGGCAGUCGUACUAUUGGGCCACACAAAAUUGCAGGUGCGCCGAAAUGCGUUAUUUCUUUUGGAGUUGGUUUCUUCCCUUUUGCGUUUGCAGCGAAUUCAUUGCGGGGCAACAUCACAGGUAACCGACAGUUCACACCUUGAUGACAACCAUUACAACGCACACGACCCGAUGCUAUCCACACUAAAAGCAAGCAGACCUUCUGUGGGCGCAGAGGAGCCGCGCUAUCCGCGUGUUGCGGUAGCAGAUAUUUUUGAAGAAUUAGGAGAACAGUUUGACGAAAUGUACGCCUCGAAUAAGGAACGCUACGUGCCUCUUGUUCAUGUUUUUGAAGGAAGAUCGCCCAGUUUGGCAAGCUCCAUAAAUGAUAAAUUAACCGAGGAUGCAAAGCAUAGGGUCUCAAGGGACGCGUGGUCGAAGCCGAGCUUUUAUCACAAGGUCCCCGAUUGCCUGCAUCCAUCAACAAUUGGACGUGAAAGCACGCUGGCUGCCACGUCGUUUGGUGUACAUUGCCUCUCUGAUGAUGGGACCACACCCCACUUUGUUUUUGUUUCCACCACCGCACUGGCGCUCCUGAUGUAUGGCUACUGCCCAGGUUCUGUGCUGGUGCGUGUGGUGUGUGCAAUUGCGGGAGAGAUAGUUGAAAGAGGAGUUAAACGGUACAUCGAGCGAAGUUCACCUGUUUGGAGGUCCUGCUAUGCGUUGAAUUUUCUUUUACUGUGUGUUGAUAAUGUGAAGUCAUCCCCGGAUGCCAACCGGUUAACACGUGGGGGCGAGCGGAACCGCCCAGGGCAUCAACAAGGCGGCAACUCUACAUUUGUGGGUGGUACCGAUGAUUUGAAGGAUGUAGACUGGCAAAUUGUGAACCGCUAUGCGGCGUAUCAAAACCUUAUGAACGUUGUCACGGUGCCUCUUCUUUUGAAUGAAAUCAACACGGAGAACAUCCCACCAUGUUUUUUGGAUAUGAUGCAAUAUUUACUUCUUGGUCCAAUGGAAUGCGUCGCGACGGGAAAUACAUCUCUUGUAACUUACUGUGGUGUAAUGGAUAGCGACCAUCCCAUCGUAACGGCAAUGCAUGAUGUUUUAGCAGUAGGACGCAGCAAAGCACGUGGAGGUAAACAAGUUAUUUUCCAUACCUGUUAUGUUGUUUUACUUCCUAUGAUUCUUGUUAUUAGCCGCCGUUACUUUGUGAAGCCUCCCUUUGUCCCAGGGUGGAAGCAGAACACGGUUGCCACACAACGUGCUCGAAUGGAGACCGUUCUUCAAGGGGUUAUUGAUAGUCUGCUUUUGGGCGAUUCCAACGGUAAAGAGUAUGCGGGUGAGCAUGAUAAUGAACACGGAUUGUCCGCUGAAUCUCUAAGUCGCAUGCUGUAUGAGGGAAACGGUGUGUCUGUGCGAUCAUGCCUGUCACUUCAGUCUCUCCCUUCAGUGAUUGCGCAGAGUGAAGGCAAGCCCACGUCCAAUGGCGAUACAUUGAAUGAAGUUAAACUGACAGUGUUUCUUCGAGGUGUUUUAUGUGAUGUGAUUGCGCUCGUUUACUCCAAAGAUGCCAAAUUUCUGGAGCCGCAAAUGAAGAGUAAGUUUUUGACGAAAGUUCUUUACUCGCUAAAGUACCAGGUGCUUUGGUUUCUUCAAGGAAACGCCAGUUAUCCUGGGAAGGGCUUUGGGCAGAAAUUGCCGAAGAACAUGAAUGCAGGGAUGGAGAAGAGUAUCCUCGCAUUACAAACUGUAGUCUCUUCACUGGUACAGCCCACACUUCAACGGAACCAGUUAGAGCUCGCAUUUGCGAUCAUUAAUACAUUUGGCAUAAAAUUUUUUCAAUGGUUACAAGAAUCGUUGCCGAUUGACUGCAAAAAUCUUGAAACUUAUGCACCGAGUGUGUUUGGGCUUGCGGUAACGCUAUUGGUGGCCGACUCCCCGUUACGGGAUUCUGUGUUUUGCCUACUUUGCAAACUUCCUUUAGGCAGCCCUGUACAUCGUAAUUUUUUUUCUGUGAUUGUAACGGCAUGCUCUUCGAUGUGGGAUGGACGAAAAGGACCUCUUUUGUCUCAGAAACAUUACGGUAAGGCAACCUCAUCUUUUGCACGAUCCUUUGCAAGUUAUGAUGCUCCUCUCAGUUCCUUGAGCAAUACAUGGAGGAACGAUUGUGCUACCUUGGAGCUGAAGAAUAUGGGGAGCGUCAUUUAUUAUGCCCUGGCCUAUCUUUACAGGGAUGGAACAUUUGGUUAUUUCUUUGAUUCCACGGUGCGGUCAAAGGCAUAUGAUUUGCUUGUGUUGCUUUGCGGGGAAGCUCCUGCUGAACCCAUGGCAGAUCCGCUAGAUGAUUGGCUAUGCUUGCUUUUGAAGGCAUGUCGACAAGGUGGUGGAGAAGUGGAGUCAGACAAUAGACUUGUACAGAAUCUUUUUGUCAUGGCGAGUGAAGAUAUUUUAUCAGUUGGACGCAAAUCAUCCAGUGCAAUUGAAAGGCAGCGCAUAGCCUUAAGUCUGCUCUCGUUCUUUUUGCGUCGAGUGAGACCAACAGAGUCCAAUCUGCGCACUGUGCUCCGGGUUACACAAGCAUGCCGAAAUACGAGCUCGGAGCUUGCUCUCGCUACCCUAUGGGGUGGAUGGAUUGCGUACGAGGGACGAGAAAGGGAACGUUUUACUUCACUCCUGGUGCUAUCCUCCAUGGACUUAGCAGACAAGCGUGUGGUAACGCAAUACAUUGACAGUUACAUCAAUCAUGAAAUGGCAAUGCGGGGAAAGGGGCAAGAUGGUAAGUUAGACGGGCGUUCACGUGGUGCGUACUACGGCUUUCUUCUUUUUUCACUGUACCAAAUGAGGCUUUUGCGGCAUAUUGUGUCCCACAAUGAUGAUAAGAGUAAAACUAAUUUGGAGCCCUUAGGGGAGUCAACGUUAAACAACAUGCAACAGAGUGACUGGGGUUGGCAGAGUCUCAUUGCGUGGUCUUCAUUUGGCCCCGGCUCCCUUGACUCUCAGGCAAAUAGAAAGAUGGAGUUGAAUGUGAAACUUAAAAGCAAAUUUUUAUGGAUUAUUAAUGAGAACAUUUGGCGGAUUUCGUUGAAGCUAACAAACGAGAACCUCAAGAAAAAUUUUGGGGUUCAUUCUUUCGGAGAGACUCUCACAGAACGUAGCAUGAGCCGGGAAUCCGGCAAAUUUGUAGAGGACUCUGCAAUGCUUCAGGAACUGGGCUUUGUCAAGCCUCUUUUGAGUGUUCUUUUUUUUGCAUCCUGGGCAAUUAGGCGGCUGCAGCAACGUGACUGGCGCCUCUGGAAGGAGCUACACAGAGAUCUUUCGAGCAUUACCGGUUUGACGAUGAGGGAUUCAGCAACAGAUCUGAAGCCCGUCGUCACCCCCAAUAUGUUUUUAUCAUCUUUAGAAGAUCAAACCACAUCGGAGAGUGAAACGGAUGAUUCUGCCGAACACUUGGGUUCCGUGGCCGAGCGUAAUACUCACAGUGACUACCAGACAUCUUCGACAUGGGAAGAUCAUAAGGUGGAUAACACAAUGGCUGACCAGGAUGAGGAUGGUGAUGAGGAAGAGCAGGAACGAGAGGGGAAUGCCGAAGUGGAGGCGGGGCAUCAUUCAGAGGAGAGCAGCGUUGGCACAGUUGUUGUGAACGCGGAUGUCCCAAAGGUGAGUGUCACGGAGGUGAUUGCAUCGAACAUGAAACAGGCAGCUAAAUUGAAGAGGGAGGAGAAAUUAAAGCGUGCAAGUCGAAUAAAUGAUCCACUUCGCCUGCUACAGAGGGACUUUGUUGCGUUAUUUCUUCACUUUACUUGUUUACUGCUUGUGCACAUGGGAUUUGGAGAGAUGCGUUGCAGGGAGGAAUCGGACGAGCUAUCGUCACGCUUUCAUGUGCUGGAAACAGCGUUUGAAGUACUUGGUAUUCUUUUGAAAGAGACUGCGUCAGAAGGGAUUUGUCGAUCAUCAUCGAGUCUCAAAAGCUGGCUGAAGGUAACGUUUGCACGGCUAAAGCGUUGUGAGGCAAUGAAGAGGGACUUCAAAAAUUUUAAUGACAAUGGAAGCUCCCUGACCUUUGAACCAUCUUUAUUUUUCGGGGGGAAUGCAUUUGAUGUGGGUUGCUCUGAUAGUCCAUCGUCAUCUGUAGAACUUGUUCUAAAGGAGUUGUUUUUUAAUAUUACAGGACAAGGAAGAAAUGUACGAGGACGUCAUUUUCUUUUACGGUGUCUCCAUGAGUUCUCAACAUGGUUGCAGCACAAUAGCUACGAGGAAAGCGAGGCCAAAGUUCGGUUGCAUACGCUUCAUUCCUACAUUUCACUCCUCUCUUUGAAAGUGGCGCGAGUGAUAUCUUUUUGCCUUUCGUGCACAACAGGUGUCUUGGUGGUGGGACGUGAUUGUCAGCAUAAAUGGAUGGAGAAGACAGCCAUGCAGCUAGCGGGGGAAAGUGCAUUUCGACGGUUCCUCAAUGCGCUGUUGCAUCAGACCAAUGCUUUACAGAAUGAUUCUUCUUCUUCAUUGAAAGAGCCAUUUGUGCGGGCACAGGGGCACGCUUUCUGCACUUCGGUUCUGAGGUCACUGGCAUGCCUUUUGAGUGACAUCAUCAUUCAUGAAAUAUACUACUGCACAGGGACUCUUACGAAAGAGGUGGAGGAAAGGAAACAGGAUGCGCUUUUGCUGUCAGCUCCUUUUGGUGACAAUAGUUCAUUUCCGGCGCAUAAUCUUUUGACAAGUUUUUGGACGGGUUUUGCAUUUCUUCUUGAUUCCAACACGUGGCAGGCAGCGUGUGAUUUGCUCGCGGUCUUUCAUCGUUAUGGGUGCGCGGAGUUUCUUGGCACAAUUUCUUCCCCUCCCUUCUCGUCGCUAUACUCGUUGGGCUUAAACAUCGCACCGGACUUGGCGGCUGUGCAACUUGUUUUUUUGCAUCAGGGCAAAGAAUUAACGACGAGUAGGAACGUUUGGAGACAUGCGGCAUUCUCAGAAGAGGAGGAUCACAGCUUGGAUCACGCAGUGGAUGUGGUCUUGAACUAUCUCAAUGAAUAUGCGGGUGAGAAGGAGGAACCUGCAGUGUUUUUGGCUUUUACGGAAUUGUUGCUUUUGUGUGACUGGAAAUCUCUUGAUUAUGAAAAGUAUGCGCCGAAGUUUACUGCAUUCACCAAAACGGAGGCCUCUGGUGACCCGCAGCGCCAACAGUAUCGGGUGUUAUCCACCCAAAGGGAUACAUGCCCGCCGCGAUCUUCCGUGUUUCGUCCAUUCUCGAGCUAUGUAUGCUACUUUGCAGAGUCGUGGAAGCGGGGCCUUCUUCUGCUUUCACCUGGUUCUGAGAGGACCUCCGAGGGGUUGUCGUCACGCAUCAUGUUUGUACUUGGGGAAUUCUUUCAAAUUGCACUAAAGGUCUUUGGCGUCUCUUCUGUUGAUGUUUUGCUGCGUCGAGUCAUUGGAGGGAAUGCUUGGAAAAGAGGUUCUGUGGGAAUGACGUCGUCGUGCUCAAAGAGCCACCACACGGAUCUUUGUUCACUACACAGCUGCGUCGACCUUGCAAGAGAAAGCCAUAAAUUAACUGAGGAGCACGUGUCAUUGUUUCAGCACAAGUUUGAAACAAUUGUGGUUGCGCCGCUUAUUUUUCUGUUUCAGUCGCCGGAGACACCAUUGCCGUUGUGGAGCAAGAUUCUUGCCCUGGUGGCAGCGCUGCUUCGGUACCAUGAGCAGAAUCAUGGAUUUGUGACUGAUCAACUGCUAAAGUUUCUGCCCGAUAUUGAGCGAGGGUUGGGAGUUGGUACGGCAUACAAUUCAUUUACUGAUGAGACACCGCUUAAAGAUCGGCUGGUGGUGCUCGUCCUUGCGGAUGAGGUGUCUUCCAAGGUGAAAAGUCUACGAUUGGCGGCGUGGACGAAGAUACCGUGUCCGUCUCCGUUUGACUCCGGUAACGGUGUGUCCCUCCUGGCGUCCCUUUUGGAUAAUCACUCGGUUCUUAAGACACUUGUGGACAAGCUUGCCAAUGACCCUUUUUCCGCCCAGUCCAUAGCAAACGUUGGAAAGAUCGCUCCAACGGAAUUUGUGGGGGACCGCACCACGUCCACCGUAUCAUCUCAUACAGAAGAGUGGGAACUGAGGCAUGUUCAGAAUGUCUCGAAGUGGUCGCACGAGGGAUCGGAUUCUGAAGAUGUGAAGGCAUUUCACCCCAUGGCGACGCCCAGGCCAGCCGCUAACCAUCCUGAUGAGGGUGAUUUAUCCAGCCUUAUUAUCCAACGUGUGCAGAGCCACACAACGGUAUCCACGUCACAUCGCUUUGGAGGCUACGUUUACGAAACUUUAACUGGAGCGAACGAUGUCGUACAAUUGAUCGGCCAGCUACCUCUCGAAUAUUACAGCGUUGCACCCAAAGGAACGCCCUCCACAUCUCCUGUCGCUGCUGCGGAAAGGGCCGUGGAUCAUGAGCAGCCAUCUACCACGGCGGAGAAGACUCUUUCCAAGAAGGAUUUUGUACCCCCAGGUGUUACUAUGAUGUUAGCGUCAAGUACCAGCACUACUGCUGUAACAUCUUUGAGCAAUUCGGCCGAAAAUUCUUCUGCAAGUAGCGACGACGAUUCUGCAGCUUCUUUUACGUAA